UAAAGGUCUGUAAUCCAGAAUCCACACUACUUGUUUUUAAGCGGCAAACAUAAAUCCUGAUGGGCGCUAUGAUGCAUACACUUAACACUGUUAAGUUAACAGUGUUUGGCUUAAUUGUAGUUUAGUACAAAACUUGUGAGGAAGCGUUUCCUGCAAGACAAACAACAGGGUACAUGCGACGAUAAUAAACCCAAACCCAAAACACCACGGCGCAUGUGCAGUCGCUAAACUAGCGUGCUGUAUUUUCCCAAGGAGAGGUUAACUUUUGGUUUAUUUAUUGCAUUGAAAAACCAUUUAAACAGCGAAACAGAAGCACUCGCAGCAGGUGGCAGUGUGAGCUCUCCGGUUAGCUUGUUAGCCUUUAGAGAGCCAGAAGAGGCAGAAGGACGUUAACGGCGUUAAUGUGUGCUCUGCAGUGGCUCAGUCACUGGUGGCUUUAGUGUUAUGAUCAAAAGUGAUUGUGGGACUUUAUUGCAGUACAGAUGACACUAAUCAGAGAGCUCCCUGAGGCAACAUGACAGCACUGCGGAGGAUUCGUUCAUGGCUGCCUCUCCUGCAGCGACCCUGGACAUACAGCUGUCAGAGAGCAGCAGCGUUCUGCAGGCUGCUGCUCACUCAUCACCAUGCAGCUGCAGCCAACACUUUCCAACAACACUUCAACAGAGGGGCGUUCACUUUGCUGUCCAGGACGUUUGGGCUCUCUGCCUGCAGGCUGAAGAGCACCGAUGACUUCAGUAGUCAUGACACUGGAUAUUCAGAGGAGGAUGAUGAUGAAGAAGACUUCCUGGAGGACAGCGAGGUGGAGGAGCUUUUCCAGCAGCAGAUUCCUGCAGUGGUCGGAGAGGGACAGCAGAGAGUUUUCGUUGUCCAUCCUGAUGUGAAGUGGGGAAGGAGGAAGCAGCAUCUCACCACCGCUGAGCUGAUGAUGGCUGAGGCUGUGGGGCUCGUGAACACCUUAGACAACUGGACAGUGGUGGACAAGAUCAUCCUCUCCACCAAGACCCCAGAGAAGAAGAGGAUAUUUGGGAAAGGCAACUUCGAGUCUCUCACAGAGAAAAUCAGGCAAACAGCAGGAAUCACUGCUGUGUUUGUGAAUGUUGAGCGUCUGUCCCCUUUGUCUGAGGUGAGCUUUUCUAAGGAUUACUUUUUGGCUGUGGUUUGUCAGAGAUUUCAUGUGCUGACAUCUGUUUUUCAAAAAUCUGUUCAGAGGGAGUUUGAGGAAAUCUGGGGGGUGAAAGUCUUUGACAGAUACUCAGUUGUUCUUCACAUUUUCCACUGCAACGCUAGAACCAAAGAGGCCAAGUUACAGAUCUCGCUGGCAGAGAUCCCCUUGUUAAGAUCUCGUCUAAAAAAUGAAGUGGCAAACUUGGAUCAGCAGGGUGGAGGGUCGAGAUACAUCGGCGGCUCAGGUGAGACUCUGUACGAGGUCCAGCAGAGACUGUUAAAGGAGCGAGAGCUGAAGAUUCGCUCAGCGCUGGAAAAGCUUCGGAAAAAGAGGCACCUGCUGCGAUCUCAGCGUAAACACAAGGAGUUCCCAGUUGUGUCUGUGUUAGGAUACACCAACUGUGGAAAAACAACUCUGAUCAAAGCUCUGACUGGUGACAGUGGCCUUCAGCCCAGGAACCAGCUUUUUGCAACCCUGGAUGUCACCGUUCACGCCGGCCAGCUGCCCAGCCGCAUGACUGUCCUGUAUGUGGACACCAUCGGUUUCUUAUCCCAGCUGCCCCACCAGCUCAUCGACUCCUUCUCUGCCACCCUGGAGGACAUUAAACACUCUGAUCUGCUGGUUCACGUCAGAGACAUCAGUCAUCCAGAGACGGUUAAUCAGAAGGCGAAUGUACUCAAUGUCCUGAAGAACCUGCAAAUCCCCGACAGGCUGAUGAGCUCCAUGAUAGAAGUACACAAUAAAACCGAUCUCAUUGACAGUUACCAGCCUGCAGAGCCCAGCGCACUGCCCAUCUCUGCCCUGGAGGAGCAAGGCCUGGAUGAGCUGCAGCGAGCAGUGGAAGAGCAGAUUUUAAAGUCUACAGGGAAACAAAGUUUAGACCUCACAGUUAACCUCAGCACUCCUCAGCUCAGCUGGCUGUACAAAGAAGCAACCGUCCAGGAUGUGCAGGUGAACGCAGACGAAGGAUCGGCCGUCGUCAGGGUCAUCAUCAGCGCCGCCGCUCACGGACGCUACAAAAAACUGUUCGGAGGCACAUAUUAGUAGCUGCGGGAGCAAUUCAGGACUGCAAACUGUACCAUAAGAUAAUGCAUUAUUGCUGUACAGUAUAUUAAAAUACCUGAAGAUACAAA